UAUAUAUAUAUAUAUAUUGCCAAUUAUUCUUUGCUAUUGUAAUUUGCAUGGCAGAAGGAGCUAUAGUCUAAACUUUUUGAUUGCAGACAACUUUGGAAAUACAGUAUUUCUUAUUUGUUGUAUAUAUCUUGGGUUUUUACAUUAUUAAUACUGGAGUUAAUUCAUACUACUACUAGUGCAAAGAGAAAAAGGCUGCUGAGAGUGAAGGAGUACACUGUCAGACCAGCCAGUGGAUAGAGCAGUUUGGGGUCAGCCUACAGUGCCUGGGGUCAGCUCUCUAAGGGUCUUCAUCAGAAUUGUUGUGUAAGGGACCAACAAGAACAUAUUUGCUGUUUUGAACGGUUGGGAGACAAAACUGGAUUUUAUUUUUCACGUGCCUGAGUCAAUCAAUCUGGGAUCACCUACAAUGUCAGAGAAGAAAAAGGAAGGGAAAGUUAAAAAGGGAAAAGGGAAAAAGGACAAAAAAGAUAAAAAAGACAAAAAAGGAGGAAAUAAAAAGACUGUGGAAGAACCUGUAGGUGAAGCUGUACCUCCAAGACUGAAGGAAAUGAAAAGCCACAAAAUACAAGAAGGCAAAAAAUUAGUUCUUAAAUGCGAGACAGUUUCAGAACAGUCCUCUCUCAAAUUUAAGUGGUUCAAAGAAGAGAAAGAAAUCAGUUCAAAAAACAAACAAGAAAACAUCAAAAUACGGAAAAAAACAACAAAAUCAUCAGAACUUCACAUUAGCAAAGCAUCCAAUGCAGAUGCUGGAGAAUAUAAAUGUACAGUUUCUAACCAGUUUGGAAAUGACAGCAUGAGAGCCAAUGUCACCAUAUUGCCCAAGACUGUGUAUAGUCACAUAGACAAGAUGAAAGUCUAUCUGCAGCCCACUUCAGGAGCUAAAUUAAUUGAGCCUUCUACAGUAAAUCAAUUAGGAGCUUCAGAAACUAGCCUACCGGGGACUAAAAAAAUAGGUGACACUACAGGAGGCCCAAAACAACUAAUUAAAUGUACAAAAGAAGAGAAGACAUAUUGUGUUAAUGGAGGCGACUGCUACGUACUCAAUGGUAUUACAAGCAGCACGAAAUUCUUGUGCAAGUGCAAACCUGGCUUCAAUGGACCAAGAUGUACUAUGACUGAUCCCUUGAGAGUCGUAAGAUCAGAAAAGCAUCUUGGAAUUGAAUUUAUGGAAGCCGAGGAAUUGUACCAGAAAAGAGUGUUGACCAUUACUGGCAUCUGCAUUGCCCUUCUUGUAGUUGGCAUCAUGUGUGUUGUGGCCUACUGCAAAACCAAAAAGCAGAGAAAAAAGCUACAUGAUCGUCUAAGGCAGAGUCUUCGUUCAGAGAGGAACAAUAUGGUGAAUAUGGCUAAUGGUCCUCAUCAUCCAAAUCCUCCACCAGAGAAUGUCCAGCUGGUAAAUCAAUAUGUCUCUAAAAAUGUCAUAUCCAGUGAACAUGUAAUUGAGCGGGAAACAGAAACGUCUUUCUCCACAAGCCACUAUACUUCAACAACUCAUCACUCAACGACAGUUACUCAAACACCAAGUCAUAGCUGGAGUAAUGGCCAAUCAGAAAGCAUUAUUUCAGAAAGUCAUUCUGUAAUUGUAACAUCAUCAGUAGAAAACAGCAGACACACAAGUCCAACAGGACCACGUGGCCGCCUCAAUGGCAUUGGGGGUCAUCGAGACUGCAGUUAUCUCCGGCAUGCAAGAGACACUCCAGAUUCAUACAGAGAUUCUCCUCAUAGUGAAAGAUAUGUUUCAGCAAUGACUACACCGGCUCGCAUGUCACCUGUGGAUUUCCAGACACCACUCUCCCCCAAAUCAUCUUGUUUGGAAAUGUCCCCGCCAGUAUCUAGCUUGGCAGUAUCAGUUCCCUCUGUGGCUGUAAGCCCCUUUAUAGAAGAAGAAAGACCAUUACUUCUGGUAUCUCCUCCCCGGUUACGAGACAAGAGAUAUGAUCUCUAUUAUCACCACCAUCAUUACAACCAGCAGUACAACUCUUACCAUCAUAAUCCUGUCCAUGACAGUGGAAGCUUGCCACCAAGUCCGCUAAGAAUAGUGGAGGAUGAGGAGUAUGAAACCACACAAGAGUACGAACCAAGCCAAGAACCUACAAAGAAACUUGUCAACAGCCGAAGGGCAAAAAGAACAAAACCCAAUGGGCAUAUUACCAAUAGAUUAGAACUGGACACUGACACAAGCUCCGAAAGCAGUACAUCUGAGAGCGAGACAGAAGAUGAAAGAAUAGGCGAGGAUACACCUUUCCUGAGUAUACAGAAUCCUUUGGCAAGCAGCCUAGAGUCAUCCAGUGCAUAUCGGCUUGCCGAGAGUAGGACUAACCAAACUAGCCGUUUCUCAACGCAAGAAGAGUUACAAGCAAGGCUGUCUAGUGUAAUAGCUAAUCAAGACCCUAUUGCUGUAUAAAAAAAUAAAAAUAGAUUCACCUGUAAAACUUUAUUUUAUAUAAUGAAGUAUUCCACGUUAAAUUAAACAAUUUAUUUUAUUUUAACAGUUCAGCAAGUAGAAAACAGGAAAAGUUUUAUAAAUUAAGUAUAUGUACAAAUGUGUUAUGUGCCAUAUGUAGCAAUUUUUUACAGUAUUUCAAAAUAAGAAAGACAUCAAUGGUGCCUUUAUGUUAUGUUAAGUUGAGAACAAUUUUCGUAUGUCCCAGUGAUUGCUGUCCCACAGUAUUUUCGCAUAAGUGCUCUAUCCUCCAUUUUUGUUGGCUUUUCGUGCAUUGCAUUACUGGUGUUGAUUGGAUGUAUGAUUUGCAAGAGUUGCUUCAAUCCCAUAUGUUUGCUUGUGGUAGUUCCCUGAUAACGUAUCCCUGUAAUGCAGUACUCAUAAAACUACUGUUUACUUCUGUAAAGGAAAUGUGUUUGCUUUCAAUAUAUGAAACAUAUUAUCUCUGCUCUUUGCCAGCCAAAGCUAAUGCUUUGCUUUAUUGAGCACUGAAGUAAUAGUAGAUUUAACAGCAUGCUACUAUUAAUUACAGCAGGAUAACACAGACUGCUAAGACAUAAAGUUAAAUACAUAUUGGAACUACUGUGAUAUAACAUAAUUAGUAACUAGGAGAAACAGGCUUCUUUAUGACAAUUUACAGUAAUGUCAACAGAUUCAUGUUGACUGAAAGCAUCAGUCUUUAAACAAUGCUUUCUAAAAUCAAUAAAACCUAGUUAGUUACUCAUUUUUUUUACUAAAAAAACAAACUAUCUGUAACCAAACUUAAGGGAAGCAAAAAUAGAAUGAAAUAAAGGUGCAAUCAUUUUUAACCAUUUAAAAAAAAAAAAAAAAAAAAAAAUUACAUUUGACAAUGUAAUGCAUUUUUUCUGCGUUAUACAGGGUGUACAUAAGACACGAUAAUCAUUACAGAUUAUUUAUGAAUUGUCAGUACUGUUAAUAGAAUAAUAAAUAUCCCUGUACAUAGGGAUUCAUUGCAAAUCAUUUUUUUAUAGGGUGGGUAAAGAAAAGGUGUAGUAUUUUUUCAAUACAUUAGUUAGCAAGUUAAGAGUGAGUGUCCUAUUUGGUAUAAGAAAAAGUAUUUAUUUGAAAAGCCCUUUACUAUGUAAACAUGCACGUUUGCAUUCAUUAGGCUGAAAAAAAAAUGCAUGAGCAUCUGUUAGGAAUGUGCAUGAUGAUAGUGAUUAAAUGAGACUCAGUGACUGUUAGUAGUUUUAAUAGCUUGACAUCCAUGUUGGAAAUGUUGCACCUUUACAGUAAGAAAGUAUCAUUCCACUUCACUACAUCACUUGCUAUGAUUGGUUGAGCAUGAUUCUACCUUCAAAAUACACAUUUUUUUUUAUUACAGCUAACAAAAUAAAGGCUUUUCAUAUACAAUGACAAUUGUUUUCCAAGUACUGUUUAGAAAAAAAAACAAAUGAAUAUUUUUUUAUUUAUUUAUUUAUUUAUUUUUUACUUAAAAAUAGUUUAAUGAAUGAAUUCCCAUUUGUCCCACGUUCACAGGGAUCGUCUGCUAAUUUUCCCCCUUAAUUUCAUGUUUAUUUUUUUCUAAAUAUUUUAAGAACGGAAAACAACAAUCAUGUUGAGGGAAUGUAAGGAAAUUUUUUUGAAAGGCACACGUAAAAAUGACAGCACGAAUGUGGUUCAUACGAGUAACUCCAAGUUUGUUGCUUUGCUUAAAAACUGUUGAUGUUCUUUUUUGUUUCUUUUUUUUAAUUUUUUUUUUAUUGUGUUUUUUUUUUCUCUUCUGCCACGAAAAGAGAAUGUUACGCUUGCAUUUGUGGGACUCUCUGCAAAACUGACACGGAUUAAAAUAAUGUUCCUUUAAUCGUUUCACCUGUGGUUUUGAAGGGUAUAUCCCAUUUUAGUGCGUAGUAGCAAACUCUGGCUCUGCCUCAUCAGCCAUAUUGGCUAAUAUAAAAUGUAAUUAAUUAAAGGUUGUGGAGAAAUAGUGAUAACACAACUGGCACAUAUCACAAGUUCUAAUAUUUGUUUAUGUGUAAAUACAUAUUCAUGAAUAUUUUACUUAUUCAUAUAUUGUCUAUAGAGCGUUUUUUUUUGUGUGUGUUAUUAGAACUCUCCUAGCCAUCUGUGUAAAAAGUUAAACAAGUUAAAAAAAAAAGUUUCUUUUAAUUUAUAUGUAGGCUUAUAAUUUAGGAGAGAAAAUUCAUAUUAUUUUACUGCUAAAAAUGUUUAUAGUUCUACAUUUUUUUCCUUUCAGAAUGUAUUGUAUUCAUUUGUUAUGUUUUAAGUAAUUUAUUGUUCAGAAGAAAGAAUGUAUUGAAGACUGAUUGAAGAAAAGAUAAAUGUUGCAAGGUACUUUGAAAAAAACAAACAAAAAAACAACAACAAAAAAACUAAACAUUAUCCCAAAUACUAAGCAAUAAGAAAUGUUUGAUUUAUUUAAUGCUCCUUAUUUGCAAACAAGCUGCCUUUGCAAUAAAAUGCUACUGCAUACAAUUAAGCAUUUUUGUAAGAGCAAGCUCUCACGUCUAAGUGAAUUAUGUCCAAUGCAAAUACACAACACUGGAAUUGAAAUAUAUAUAUGAUAUUUAAAUAUUUACACCAUCAUUAUCAAUAUAGUUUUCCUCCCUAUACAAAUAAUUGACAUGCUGUGAAUUUCUAUCUAUGCUCUCUGAAUAAACCUUCACUAGUUACUGA